UCUGCUCCCUCUACAGAGUCUUUCAAAGCACAACUCAAGACCCACCUCUUUUCUUUGGCUUUUGAAUGUACUUGAAUUGUGAUUACUAAUUAGCCUUUUAUAUAAUGCUCAUUGUAACAGUCUUUUACUCAUGGAUUUUAUCUUGGUCUCUGUCUGUGGAUAUGUGUGAGAUUUUGUUGUCUGCACUGUUCACCUGUUUUUCUUCUGCACUGUCUGUAAAGCACUUUGGUCAGCUCGUGUUGUUUUAAAUGUGUUAUAGAAAUAAAUUUGACUUGACUUGACUUAACAGUGCAGCUGAUAGGUCGUGGUGUUAAUGUAUUCAUGGAGUGGAGGACUCCUGCUCUGGAUAGGCCCACUGUCAGCUGAUGACGGAGACAGCAAGAGGACAGCUGGGCCUGCAGCACAGGACAACCUCAUUUGAAUGCAAAUCUCCAAGAGUUGAGGACGUCGGCUGACGUCAGGCAGUCCUUAGUAUACCUUUACCAUUUUGUCAACAGAAACACAUCAUGUGAGACUGCAGACAGACUGGAACUAUUCACACUGGGAACCCAUUUGGACUAAAAACAGCAGAAGGAUUGUUUUUUUUAACAGUUUCAGGGGCAACAAUGUCGCCUUAAAAAAAAGGGCUGCAUCACACCCUUUUGCUGCUUUAUUAUAUUUUAUUCUUUUUUUCUGUAUAUCAUGUAUGUGGGAUACAUUCUGGAUAAAGAAAGCGGCAUGUAUCACCAAGGUCCAGUAAGAAGAACGAGCAUCAAUCUGCCUCCACAGAACUUUGUUUCUACACCUCAGUACGCCGACUUUACCGGAUACCAUCAUGUGCCAAACAUGGAUACGCACGCACAGUCUUCUGGGAGUUGGGGGCCCAGUUAUGGAGCUCCUCCGAGGGAAGAUUGGGGUGCAUAUAGUCUGCAGGGACCACCUAAUACUAUUCCUGCUGCAGCCAUGAACAGCUCGUCUCCAGGACAGGUUCCCUACUGCUCCACUGAGUACACUCACAUGCAUCCUCCAGGCUCUUCAGGCUUACAGCCGCCGCAGGAGAACAACGUUAAUAUUGCACAACUUUCUCCUGAUUUAGAAAGGCGCAAUUCAUUCCAGUGGAUGAGUAAAACUGCGCAAGCGUCUUCUACAGGUAAAACAAGAACGAAGGAGAAAUACAGGGUAGUUUACACAGACCAUCAGAGGCUGGAGCUGGAGAAGGAGUUUCAUUUCAACAGAUACAUCACCAUCAGGAGGAAAUCUGAACUGGCUCUCAACCUCGGGCUGUCGGAAAGACAGGUGAAGAUCUGGUUCCAGAACCGCAGAGCCAAAGAGAGGAAGCUGAUCAAGAAGAAGCUGGGUCAGUCGGACGGCAGCGGGGGGUCAGUGCACAGUGACCCGGGUUCAGUGAGCCCUCUGCCGGUACCGGGCUCUCUCAGUCCCUCAGACAUCCACAACUCUAUGUACCCUCCUCCGGGAAUGAACACCUUGCCAUCUAUCAGGAAUAUACAACAAGUGACUGUGAACCAGUGAGAAGAGUUCAUCAACAUCCAACAACCUAACUGAGCACUCCGACCUGCUGCCAGAGGAUCUGAACUCACCUCCUGGAGCACAAAGCUGUGGAUAAAAGAUUUGAUUUACAGCAACGAAAUGCUGCAUGGAGGCUCUUCAGAUAUCACUUUUUUAUAUAGAAUAGUUCUAAUAACGUGGGGAUUUUAACAAAAAAAAAGAAAAAAUCGACGUGUUUCCAAACUUAAAAGCUUUAAAAAUUGUUUGUGAGUUAAUAAGAUAUAAAUAUCCUUUUUUUUUGUAUGUGAUGAAGUGUGUAUGUGAAUAAAACAAGAAUUCAGGGAUUCAUUUUGAUGAAGUUUUAAAACUGUAUGUAGCUUAAUGCCACACAAACUGCUUUGACUUGACAAAUCAUUUACACGUUUUCAGCACAAUUUAUUCGCUUUAGUAUAAAGCAGCUGUUAAUGAUACGGGUAGGACGGUCGUUUGAUGGCAAAA